ACCGCGGUUGGAGCCCCGCGGCGCGCGGUUGGCAGGAGGGGAGGAUCGGAGCUGUUUUCUCCUUGAUGCCAAGCUUCACCAAGCUGGGAGCACUCUACCCUCUCCACCAUUGUUGGCUGAGACCAGGCCUGCAGGACGAGUCGGGCUUGAGGGUCAGUGCGUUGCUGCAGUCCCGGCUGCUGGCUGCCUGCCGUCUUCGGGCCCGGACCUCGUGGGCCUCUGCGCUCUGCCCGAGAGCCCAGAAGGAACAGGGAGAGCCCUCGGUCAUGGUUCAUCCUGCUCCGCCGCCCUGCUGCUGAAGCCGCUCUGCGCAUGCGCGUCCAGGCUGUGGGGCCGCGGGCCUGCCAGGCCUAGGAGCGUGGCCUGCGUUCAUGGGUCUCUAGGUGCUUCCGAGAUGCCCGGGAAGAGAGGCUGGGGCUGGCGGGGGGCACAGCUGCCCCUCUGCCUGCUUCUCAGUCUCUACUGCCCCUGGGUGCCUUCCUCCCUGGGCAAGCCCAAGGGCCACCCGCACAUGAACUCCAUCCGCAUCGACGGGGACAUCACACUGGGGGGCCUGUUUCCUGUGCAUGGCCGCGGGGCGGAGGGCAAGGCCUGCGGGGAACUGAAGAAGGAGAAGGGCAUCCACAGGCUGGAGGCCAUGCUCUUUGCUCUGGAUCGCAUCAACAAUGACCCGGACCUGCUGCCCAACAUCACGCUGGGCGCCCGCAUUCUGGACACCUGCUCCCGGGACACCCACGCCCUGGAGCAGUCCCUGACCUUUGUGCAGGCGCUCAUCGAGAAGGACGGCACGGAGGUCCGCUGUGGCAGCGGUGGCCCCCCCAUCAUCACCAAGCCUGAGCGAGUGGUGGGUGUCAUUGGCGCUUCCGGGAGCUCGGUCUCCAUCAUGGUGGCCAACAUCCUCCGCCUCUUCAAGAUCCCCCAGAUCAGCUACGCCUCCACGGCCCCUGACCUGAGCGACAACAGCCGCUACGACUUCUUCUCCCGCGUGGUGCCCUCGGACACGUACCAGGCCCAGGCCAUGGUGGACAUUGUGCGCGCCCUCAAGUGGAGCUACGUGUCCACGCUGGCCUCGGAGGGCAGCUACGGCGAGAGCGGGGUUGAGGCCUUCAUCCAGAAGUCCCGCGAGGAUGGGGGCGUGUGCAUUGCACAGUCGGUGAAGAUCCCCCGGGAACCUAAGACGGGUGAGUUCGACAAGAUCAUUCGGCGGCUCCUGGAGACCUCCAACGCCAGGGCCGUCAUCAUCUUUGCCAAUGAAGACGACAUCAGGCGUGUGCUGGAGGCGGCGCGCAGGGCCAACCAGACGGGCCACUUCUUCUGGAUGGGCUCAGACAGCUGGGGCUCCAAGAUUGCACCGGUGCUGCACCUGGAGGAGGUGGCCGAGGGUGCUGUCACCAUCCUCCCCAAGAGGAUGUCUGUCCGAGGCUUCGACCGCUACUUCUCCAGCCGCACGCUGGACAACAACCGGCGCAACAUCUGGUUUGCCGAGUUCUGGGAGGACAACUUCCACUGCAAGCUGAGCCGCCACGCGCUCAAGAAGGGCAGCCACGUCAAGAAGUGCACCAACCGGGAGCGCAUCGGGCAGGACUCCGCAUACGAGCAGGAGGGCAAGGUGCAGUUUGUGAUUGACGCUGUGUACGCCAUGGGCCACGCGCUCCACGCCAUGCACCGUGACCUGUGUCCUGGCCGCGUGGGGCUCUGUCCCCGCAUGGACCCUGUGGAUGGCACCCAGCUGCUUAAGUACAUCCGAAACGUCAACUUCUCAGGCAUUGCAGGGAAUCCGGUGAUCUUCAAUGAGAACGGAGAUGCGCCCGGGCGCUAUGACAUCUACCAGUACCAGCUGCGCAAUGCCUCAGCCGAGUACAAGGUCAUCGGCUCCUGGACUGACCACCUGCACCUCCGAAUAGAGCGGAUGCACUGGCCGGGCAGUGGGCAGCAACUGCCCCGCUCCAUCUGCAGCCUGCCCUGCCAGCCAGGCGAGCGGAAGAAGACAGUGAAGGGCAUGCCCUGCUGUUGGCACUGUGAGCCCUGCACCGGCUACCAGUACCAGGUGGACCGCUACACCUGCAAGACGUGUCCGUACGACAUGCGGCCCACAGAGAACCGCACGGGCUGCCGGCCCAUCCCCAUCAUCAAGCUCGAGUGGGACUCGCCCUGGGCAGUGCUGCCCCUCUUCCUGGCUGUGGUGGGCAUCGCGGCCACGCUGUUUGUGGUGGUCACUUUUGUGCGCUACAACGACACGCCCAUCGUCAAGGCCUCGGGCCGCGAGCUGAGCUACGUGCUGCUGGCCGGCAUCUUCCUGUGCUACGCCACCACCUUCCUCAUGAUCGCGGAGCCGGACCUGGGGACCUGCUCCUUGCGGCGGAUCUUCCUGGGGCUUGGCAUGAGCAUCAGCUACGCAGCCCUGCUCACCAAGACCAACCGCAUCUACCGCAUCUUCGAGCAGGGCAAGCGGUCCGUGAGUGCCCCGCGCUUCAUCAGCCCCGCCUCUCAGCUGGCCAUCACCUUCAGCCUCACCUCGCUGCAGCUGCUGGGCAUUUGUGUGUGGUUCGUGGUGGACCCGUCCCACUCCGUAGUGGACUUCCAGGACCAGCGGACGCUCGACCCGCGCUUCGCCAGGGGCGUGCUCAAGUGCGACAUCUCGGACCUGUCGCUCAUCUGCCUGCUGGGCUACAGCAUGCUGCUCAUGGUCACCUGCACGGUGUACGCCAUCAAGACGCGCGGGGUGCCCGAGACCUUCAAUGAGGCCAAGCCCAUCGGCUUCACCAUGUACACCACCUGCAUCGUGUGGCUCGCCUUCAUCCCCAUCUUCUUUGGCACUUCGCAGUCGGCUGACAAGCUGUACAUCCAGACGACGACGCUGACUGUCUCGGUGAGUCUGAGCGCCUCGGUGUCCCUGGGAAUGCUCUACAUGCCCAAGGUCUACAUCAUCCUCUUCCACCCGGAGCAGAACGUGCCCAAGCGCAAGCGCAGCCUCAAAGCCGUUGUCACCGCUGCCACCAUGUCCAACAAGUUCACCCAGAAGGGCAACUUCCGGCCCAAUGGAGAGGCCAAGUCUGAGCUGUGUGAGAACCUGGAGGCCCCAGCACUGGCCACCAAACAGACUUACGUCACCUACACCAACCAUGCCAUCUAGCUAGGCCGCCGGAGCCACGCAGGAUGAAGAGCAGCCACAGCCCCAUGGUUGGUACACUGUCCACAGCCACUCCUGGGGACCCAGCUGAUGUCCUGCGUGCCUGUGGGUGCCCACAGACGUGGCUUGGUGCUGAGGACAACGGAGCCCUGGCCGUCCCUUCUGGGAGCCGGGGCGAGCCAGGUGGGCAACAGGAGGUGGUCCAGGGGCCCGCCCGCAGCUCCAGGCACUGCAAGAGGCUUGGUCUUACUGUUGCCACUGCUGGCCGCAGGGCACAGGGCUCAGGGUGUGGAGUCCCAGCGCUGGUUCUCCCUGCACCCUUCCCAUCUGUCUGCCCUGCUGGCCACCGUGUCCGUCCAUCUGUCCGUCCGUCUCCAUUUCUGUCCUUCUGUUCUCCCAUCUCUGUCCUGCCUGUUUUCUCUGCACGUCCUUCUGUCUGGGUUCUCAGCUUCUGUGGUUCUUGCCCCCUCUGCUCUGCCUCUGCUCCCCUGCCUGCCCUGUUCGGCCCACCUCUCCUGGGACCCCACAUGGCGCCCCCCCAAGCACUUUUCUUUCUAGUCCGCCCUACUUCAUUGCCUCUCCAGUCAGCCAGUCCACUGACUUUUCCAUGUCACAAAAGAGAAAAAAGAAAAAAAAAAAAAUCAAAACACAAAAAAGCCAAAACAAAACCCAAUCUCAAGCGUGUUGCAAGUGCCGCACCCUCUUGGUGGCCUCGUGUGUGUGUAUGUGUGUGUGUGUGUCCCCAUGCCCCCUGCCCGCCGCCUGUCCCACCAGUCUGCCGUGUGUCCUGCCCGCCUGCUCCUGCCCCUCCUGCUGACCACACGGAGUUCAGUGCCUGGGUGUCUGGUGAUGGUUAUUGAUGACAAUGUGUAGCGCAUGAUCGUUUUUAUA